AUGAUGAAGAGAGCUCGUAGCCCGAGCCCACUGGCGAUGUCAAAGAAAGGCAGGACUAACUCUCCCUUCGCACCCAUAAAGAUUGCAACAGCAGAAGCUGCAGCUGCCGUCCAGACUGACCCGCCGUUCCUACGACUCCUGGAUGCAUUGCGCAAUGUUACGCAGAACCCCGCGAAAGGACAAUCAGUAGUUUACUGGAUGAGGAUGGGAGACCUGCGGAUUUCCGAUAAUAAAGCCCUCGCCCUCGCGUCUUCUCAGGCAGUCGAAGAUCGAAUCCCGCUCGUGGUUUUGCAUAUCUUGAGCCCUCAGGAUUAUAUUGCACACGACAGGAGCAAAACAAGAAUCGAUUUUGUUCUUCGUAACCUUUCACUCGUGAAGGACGAGCUUGCAAAGUUAAACAUCCCCCUUUACACAAUCACGCAUACUCCGCGGAAGACAGUACCAACUCGUGUUAUCUCGGUCCUACAGACUCUCCAGGCCACUCAACUCUUCGCAAACAUCGAAUACGAGGUUGAUGAGCUUCGACGUGACCUCGAAGUCUGCUCUUUAGCCAAGAACGCGGGGAUCACGCCCACGUAUGUGCACGAUAGGUGUAUUAUCGAGCCAGGCGUCGUCCAAACGAAGGAUGGGAGGGCAUACACAGUCUACUCGCCGUAUCAGCGACGCUGGAUCAACAUUUUGAAUUCGAACCUCUUACAUUAUUUGAAUGACUUCCCAUCCCCAAAACCUAACCCCUCGACAACCAGGGAGAAUCCCGUCUUCGGACCGUUAUUUGAUGCCGAUGUACCCGUUUCGGUGCAUGGCUUCGAACUUGAUCCUGAAGAGAACGCCAAUAUGGCUAAGAUAUGGCCAGCAGGAACAUCUUCUGCUAAAGAGACUCUCUCUCGGUUUCUGUACACCAAAGCGCGCGCGACGCAGCUUGGAGCAGUCGACCCUCUGGCUGAUGGGGCAGAGAACUCCAAUCAAGGCAGCCGAAUCCUCUUGUAUGACGAGGCUCGUGACAGAGGGGACAAGGAUACUACGUCGCGCUUGAGCCCCUACCUGUCUGCUGGGGUUAUUUCUGUCAGGGAAUGCGUUCGUGCAACCAUGAAGCUUCUUGGAAUUCAAAAAGUGGAUGCUGGGCGGUCGUCAGGCGUAGGCCGCUGGGUGCAAGAACUCGCAUGGCGAGACUUCUACACCGAUGUCCUCGCAUACUACCCGCGAGUAUCCAUGGGUCGACCCUUUCAGGAGAGAUUCGCUGGUGUCAAGUGGGAGGUUAACGAGGAGCAUCUGAACGCUUGGAAAGAAGGGAAGACUGGCGUUCCUAUCGUCGAUGCCACGAUGAGACAAAUCAACACCAUGGGCUGGACUCAUAACCGGAUGCGUAUGAUUGUUGCUAUGUUCCUUUCGAAGGACCUUAUGUUGGACUGGCGGCUAGGAGAGCGCUAUUUCAUGGAAAAGCUCAUCGAUGGUGAUCUCGCGAGCAACAACGGAGGUUGGCAAUGGAGUUCAUCCACUGGAGUAGACGCAGCGCCCUACUUCCGGCUUUUCAAUCCCUAUGCACAGUCCUCCAAGGCAGAUCCGACGGGUGAUUUUAUAAGGACAUUCGUUCCAGAGCUGAAGAGUCUCUAUGGACCUGCAUUUAAUCGACGUUUGUUUACGAAUGCAGAGAUCCACAACCCUUCGGCCAAGAUCGCUGAUCAAUUGGGUUAUCCGAGACCCAUUGUCAACCAUGCUGAAGCGAGGGUGAGGGCCAUUAGGAGGUAUAAGACACCUGGUGAAGAGUGA